CAUUUCCUUAUAAUGAAUUUGUAGGCAACGAGUUUUGUUUUUGAGGGGAGCGGUCAACAAGCCCACCUGUCAAUCACAAUGUCCGAACGAAUUUACGGUUGUUACCACCUCGAUGGGAAUUCUAGUAUGUGGAUUUAACAAGUGAUAUGCGAGUGUUUACAGAAGCCGAUGUAUAAAAGAAGUUACAUUGGGAGAGAUUUCUAUCAGUUGUGGACCAGACGCAAUAUGAAUCUCGUGAUGAUUUUGGGAAUUGCGAGCGUGGCUGCUGCCACUGAAGUGCUUCCUCACGAGGUAGUGCAACCGGAAGUACCGGAGGGAAAGAAAAUCGAGAAGAGAAGUCAUGAGCUCUGGGAGCCCUGGGCACCUGCGAUUAGUUCUCAUUACACUUAUUCAGCGCCGGUGAUCAGCAAGUUACGAGUUGGUAAACCCGGCUGGAGUUCAUUAUUGAGUUCUGGAUGGUCCCCUCAGUGGUACGUCGGUUCUCCAGUCAUUGUUAAAUCCAGCGGCUGGAGCGGUGGAUGGAACAGCGGUUGGAAAUGGUAGAAUUCCUCACUCUCCAACGAGCGAAACCAUCAGGUUCUUCUUUAUCAGCAGCUUGAAGGGAACUUGAUGAGUAGCUCUCUAACUUAUUCGCAAUGCAAAAGAUUUUGAUUCGGAGAAAACAGAUUUUUAG